GAGUGGUUGAAAAUCAAAGUAGAAUGCCUGGUCUGCAAGCAGUCUUUCUAUUCUAUUUUACACAGAUUUCAUAAUGGAGAUGACAUUAAGGAGUACAUACUCAGACUUUCAGAAAAUGGUUCUUCUUCCAGCCCCAAUGGUUGGAGAUUUCCUUAUCAUAACACCCUAACAUGGGAACACCAUACUUCAGCUGAAUUCAUCAGUCUUGCCCUAUGUCCUUUUGACUUAGAAGUAUAUGAUCAGUAUGCCAAAUACAACUCUCCUGCUCCAUUGUUUGAUGAAGGGAGCUGUUCAGACUCAUCAGUUAUUACAACACCUCCAUUUGAGGCAGAUUCUCAAGAACUAGAUCACAGUUCAUCUGUGACUGGUAUUGACCAAUCCCCCCUGGGUGUUGAAGAUCCAGGGCUAUCAUGCUCCAUUUCAGGAGAGAGAGUUCAGGCAACAUUAAGUUCUCCUCUAGAGGUUUCAGAAAGUUCUGAUGGGUUCUUUGCUGUGGAGAGACUGAACAAAACUCAGUUACAGGCUAAUGCUGACUUAAAUGACAGUGACUGUUCUUUGGACAAUUGUGUUAUUGUUGGGUAUGUUAAGCCAUUAGCUGAGAGGACACCAGAAAUGGUUGAGCUGUCUUUGGUCACUGAGGAGUCAGUCAGGAAAGAGAAAAAGGAAGAUGUGAAGAAACAGCAGCAAACUCAGUUUCACAGUUGUAGUGACAGUGAACCAAGCAGUAGUUCUUUGCCAUAUUACUCCAUAUAUUCAGAGAAUGUAGGUAGGUGUAAAAGCUGCUCAUCCCUUGCACCGAAGAAUCACGGAAUCACAGAAUCAGAGAAUCACAAAAUGAUCAAAUGUAAAGUAAAAGAUCUGUCUCCACAGGACUUGAUCUGGACCCUCUCUUGAGGAAGUGACACAAUGUGCUCUCCUUGUAAUCACAGAUUGUGCAGAAAAAGAAAGUCCACAAGUCCACAAUUCUGUUCACAACAUAGUCAAAACAGCCAUGGAUGUAGGACUUGGAAGGAGCAUUGUGGCAAAUGUCAAUUUAGAAGGAGGUGAUCAAGAACCAGAGAUAGUAGCAUACACAGGAGCAAAAGAAACAAGAGGAUGUUGAGAACUCAUGACACCAGCAUGUCUCAAGAAAGGCAGAGAGGCUCUCUAAGUCAUGAAAGCACUACACAGAGAGAUGUAAGUAGAUCACAAACAUGCAGCAAAGGCCCUGGCAAAACAAGAUCAAGAACCAUAGACAGUCAUCAUUGUUAUAUGAGAGACAGUUGCCAAAGCAGAUACCAUGAAGAUUCUGCUUUUUGUAGCAACAUGAUUGAAGAUGUCUAUGAAUCCUCAUGCAGGAGGAGGACUCAGCCUAAUGCUCACUAUUCAAGGCAAGCUACUAGUCCAGAAUACAUCAUACAGUCUUCUACGGAAAUGAUAGAUCUGCAUAGAUGGAGGGGACUCGAUGAGAGACACUAUUGUUAUUAUGAAAGCUGCAGGUCAAGGAGUCGAUCAAGCAACAUUUCAAGGACACCUUCUGGAAGUUCUGACGGAACUAAAAGUGAAAAGCUUGUUGGAAAAAAGAAGUACAAAACUGACUACUUGGACAAUGUAGUCAAGGACAGUACAAUUCUGGAGAAAGCAAAUGACCACAAGAAAACUUCAUCAAAAUUCAGUGACUGCUAGAAAAAUGAAGAUAACCUUUCAGACAAUCAAGCAAGCAGGGAGAUGAAGUGUAAGGAAAAAAAGUUAAUUCCAAGUGUGGAGACAAUUUUUAAAGGAAAAAAAACAAUGAGGCAUCACAAAAAGAAAAAGUAAAAACAUAAGAAUAAACACCAGAAAGAUCACAGAAAUAACUUGGCACAUUCUUUUCCAAUUGUGAUUACAAUUGAUAGUGAUAGUGACAAGGAGCUAGAAAGUAUGGAAUUUGACAGCAGCAUUACUUGGACAGGCACAAGUCAGAUAAAUGAGCAGGAAAAUAAAUCUCCAUCUUCUUUUCUGGGAAUGACAGAAUGUGAAGAUAAUGAAACCGGAGUCAGCUAUGAAACUGGAGUAGUCCCCAAAAGUUAUAGUUUUACUACCAAAAGUAGGGUCUUAGAUGGUGACAUUAGAAAUGCUGAAGGAGAAACCGCAACUGAUCAGAAUCUUGUUGUAAUGGAUACCAGAACUAACACCUCUCACACAGAAAUUGUAACUAACCAUGUUCAAGGUACAUAAGCAGCAUCUUCCAGCUCCAGUCAACUGUCUUCUCCCAGGACUUCCUUCCUAGACCAUCCAGAGGAACGAAAAUUGAUACUAAGACUGCCGAAGAGAUUUGCCAACAGAUACUGUUAG